GUCAGUUGUGUCAUUCAAAAGGCAUUUUCAAUUUUCGGUUGCGAUCUAUACUUGGUGUUAUUGGGUGAAAAAUUGUCCGAUUUGAAGCGUAAAAGUGACCAGAAUUUAACGAAGAAGAACGUGCAGCAGUUCAGCACAGCCAUGACUAGCGUGGAGCGUCAUGUUGCCAACAACUCGGUAACACCCGUCGCUCGUCAACCCAGUCUGGACGAUAUGAAUUUGGACCAGUUUCUGAAGAUAUCGAACUAUGAGGACACGGUGAAGCAGCUCGAUAUCUAUUACGGAAUCGUCAAGCGGCAACUGUUGCAGUUUCAGAGUCCAAUCACCGGGCUGUUUCCAGUGUUGAGUACCGAUCGGGAAGUUGGCAGCAUUAGGGAUAGCGUGUAUUGCGCGGCCUCGAUUUGGAGUCUCUAUCAGGCUUACAGACGCAUUGACGAUGAUCGCGGCAAAUCGUAUGAGUUGGGCCAAUCUGCGGUUAAGUGUAUGCGCGGAAUACUGGAAUGCUGGAUCAAACAAGCUGAUCGUGUGGAGAAGUUCAAAUCGCGUCAGUGUGCCGUCAAUGCGUUGCAUUGCAAGUUUCAUCUCCACACCGGAGAGGAAAUUUACUCCGACGAUAGAUACAACCAUCUGCAGAUCGAUGUGGUGUCAAUCUACCUCAUAUUCCUAGUGCAAAUGAUAACCUCGGGAUUGCAAAUCAUCUAUACCCAGGAUGAGGUUGCGUUUGUGCAGAAUUUAGUUUACUACGUUGAGCGAGCUUAUCGAACGCCGGACUAUGGGAUGUGGGAACGUGGAUCGAAAUACAACGAUGGCACACCCGAAAUUCAUGCUUCCUCGAUUGGGAUGGCGAAGUCGGCCCUCGAAGCAAUCAACGGGUGCAAUCUGUUCGGGGAGAAAGGUGCUUCCUGGAGCGUUGUGUAUGUGGACAUUGAUGCGCACAACCGCAAUCGGAGUAUUUUUGAAACUAUGCUACCUCGGGAAUCUAGCUCCAAGGGAGUGGAUGCGUCGCUGAUUCCCACGCUUUCGUUUCCGGCGUUUGCUUCACACGAGGAGCGCCUGGUGGAUAUGAGCAAAAAUAAUGUGGUGGGGCGACUGAAAGGAAAGAAGGGUUUCAAACGGUUCAGUCGGGAUGGAUAUCUGUCCCGGUUGGAGGAUAAAACACGACGUUACUAUCACAAGGGAGAGAUCAAGGAUUUCGAGGGGUACGAGUGCGAGUGGCCAAUGUUUUACACUUUUAUGAUCAUCGAUGGGGUAUUCAAGAAUAACUUGGAGCAGAUCGAGGAGUACCAAAUGGAGUUGAGGAAAUGUAUGCACUCGGAUGCGAAUGGAGAUCCCGUGGUUUCAAUGUGCUAUGCACCGGACGGGGAUGGUAUGUACACUCGGGCCUCGUCACAAUCGCUUUUCCUGUGGGGACAGUCGGUGUUUAUCAUCGCUCAACUGCUGACUGCCGGCUUGUUGCACAUCAACGAACUGGAUCCCAUCCGUCGCUAUCUUCCAUCGUACAAUCGUCCUCGCAAGGGUGGCCGCUACUCUGCUUUCCAGGCUAAACCGGGAAUUCGUACUAAAAUUGGGAGUGCUCUGGCAGUAAUGCAUCGACCGGUGUCGCCCCACAAGGUGGGCAAUGGCCACAAUGGCCACAUCCUUCGGGAGGAAGACAACAAAGAGGAAGAUGCGGAUCAGGACAAACAAUCGGAACCGGAGGAGGUGGAAGAGAAGCGUGGCACAGCUACCGAUUUGGUGGUGCAGAUUGUUCUGAUCGCCGAGUCUAUGCGCCUGCAAGCGAUGAUGGCUACCUAUGGCAUCCAAACGCAAACUCCUCAUGAGGUCGAACCAGUUCAAAUUUGGUCCUCCACGCAACUAAUCAAUGUGUACCAACAGCUCGGCGUGAACGAUAAAAUCGGUCUAACCGGAAGGCCGCCUCGUCCCGUUGGAUCUCUGGGUACGAGUAAGGUUUAUCGUAUUUGCGGAAUGACGGUGCUCUGUUAUCCGUUGAUCUUUGAAGUGUCCGAUUUCUACCUCUACCGGGACAUGGCCUUGCUGAUUGACGACAUCAAAACCGAACUGCAAUUCGUGGGAAAGUAUUGGCGACUGUCGGGCAGACCAACGGUCUGUCUGCUGAUCCGCGAGGAGCAUAUGCGGGAUCCCCAGUUCAAGGAGAUGAUCGAUCUGCUUGCCAUGCUGAAGAAGGGUUACUGCGACGGUAUGAAGGUUCGAAUCGGUCGCCUGCAGAACCUGAUCUCAAGUUCGUGUAUCGAGCAUUUGGAUUUCAUGUCCCAGUCGGAUCUACCGGAUCCCAGUGAAAGUUCGUUCGCCCAGAUUCAUCAUGAUUACAUUGGCUAUCAGAGUUUGACUGAUGUCCCUCGGGCUCAGUCCUACCGGGAGAAGAAAAUCAGUGCCAUGGAAUAUCAAAUCAAGUCGACGCCCGAUAUUGUCGAGGGAUUGCGAAACACGGAGUCGAUAUUCCUCAAAUGUCAGCUGCUGGGAAUGAUUCUUCACCGUGAAGGUGCUAAUUAUGAAAUCGUAGGAGAUUCGGUUCAUGCCAAGCUGACGGAAUUGUAUUACCGCGCCGGAACUCUGCGUUAUUGGCGGGCGGUUCGUUAUUGUAGCUCUCUCUUGAGACACAUUGUUGAUUCGAUUUCACCGUUCAUCACAACGGUCCUUGUCAACGGGAAACAAAUUACCGUCGGUGUGAUCGGUCAGCGUGAGACUAUCUUCGAUAAACCGAUGACUCCAUCGGAGAUUCAAAACGUUAUGUAUUCUACGGUGCAACCGUAUGAUGUGAUUCACGCCGUGCUGCAACAAGAAGUGGUGCUUUAUUGUGGUCGACUCAUCGCUACAAACCCGGAAAUAUUCAAAGGUAUUCUGAAGAUCCGUGUCGGUUGGGUACUGGAGGCAAUGCGGUUAUAUCUAAACAUGACAGGUGAUGAAGGAGUCGACAUCGAAAAUUUAUCCCCCUUCCAAAUCCGGAAGCUUCUGCAGAGGGUUCUAUCCGUCAAUGAAGAUAAUUUAAGUGCGCUGCAGCGCCGACAACUUGAAGGGUGCCUGUUCCGUGUACCACCUACCUUCUACAAUCACGUAUGGGAUGUCCUGGAGCGGACGCCACUCGGCAUCACGGUUCAAGGUCACACACUUCCAGCCACGACUACCCUCACAAACAAAAGCCGCAGCGAAUUUUCCUUUGCUCUGCAGGUCGAAGAAAUGCUCAUCAAAAUCAACGAACCAGAACGACGCCAGAUUGCGGUUGAACUGCUGUGCAUCGUGGCCACUAUACUGCGGCGUAAUCCCGAACUUCGGUUCAACCAGAUUCUCGAUCUGGACUUGCUCCUAGAGGAUUCCUUUGCGAUGUAUUGCAAGGAUCACGGUGUGCCGGCGACGAAGGAUAUCACGCCUCUGUUUUCGAUGUCCCAAACGCAAACCACCGGUUAUCUGGCCCGAGCUGCGGUCAACAGUGUGCUCCAAAGGUGCGCGCUCGGCACGGAAGACUUCGCCGAAGACGUUGAAGACCACUGCCGCGUACAGUAGGUUUGGAUCGGGAGAAUCCAUGCCAAGCUGGUUUUUAACACUGGUUUACUUAUAGAUUUUAUAUAUGUUUUUGACAAACUAGUUUUUUUGUUGGUCAUUAAUAGAUGGUAGUUAAGUAUUAAAACGAUAAUAGUCGAACCACUUUUGGUCAAUAUGUUUCCAAAGAAAAAUCAACAGACGCUUUACUUAUUUCGCCAUGUAUCCAGUACAUAUAUUGUGCUAGCUUUCGAAGCCUAAAAAAUCAAACAAAAACAUAUUCCUAAAUCAGUAGCAACUUAAGUAGUUGUGAACAUGACAGCUUAGAAAUAUAUAGACGUUGAAA